GGGAGGGGAAGAGGUGAGCUGGUGAAGGGAGCAGAGCUCAGAACUGCUCAGGCCCCUGCAGGCAGCAUCGUGCCUAGGGCCCUGCCUCCUUGUAGAUGGGCGCUCUGGGCAGCAGGUGCUUGGGAUUGUGAGUCCUGGGGCUUCUAGCAUCAGGAUCCCAGGGCAAUGUGCAGGUCACAGGCUCCCUCAGUGCAGAACUGGCAGGGUUUUCAGGCAUUGCAUAUGGAGUGACUGUACUCCACCCCUUCAGAAAGGUGAAUAUAGAGUCAUCGGGCACCAGAAAGUUCUUAGAGACCCAGCUGUGCACACAUAUCAAGACUCAAGAAGACUUUUCUUUUGGCCUAAACCUCUUGCUUCCAACCCCUGAAUGAAGACAGGUGUGGCUUUCCCCGGGAUGCUGACGUUUCUGUUUUCUAAGGCCUGGUUUCCCUAGGGCCUCUGAACCAGAGUUGGACUGUGUUUCUAGGUGCCACCCUUAGCCUGACCCCAGGACUGGGGUUGAGAGUCUGGGGGUCUUAUCAGAACUGAGUCCAUUACAGGACUUGUAAUGGACUUGUUUUGUCAUCAUUGCUUGAUUUGGUUCCUGUCCCAGGAUGGGAAACCUGACCUGUUACACAUUAAGAGCAAAGCAAAGGCUGGCUGUGUGCAGUGGCGCACACCUGUGACCUCCACAACCCAGGAGGCUGAGGCAGGAGGAUGGCGAGUUUGAGGCUAUUGUGGACAACUCGGCAAGACCCCGUCUCAGAAAACGUGAGAGGCUAGCGGUAUGACUCAGGGGUAGAGCCCCUCUGGGUUCAGUCCCCAGUCCUGGAAAAAAGAAAUACAAAAAGCAAAAGACUGGACAAGAAGGGAAGGCCCCGGGCCCCACAGUCUGCCGAGGCCGACUCUGACUCCCAAUUUUUCUUUUCUUUUCUACCACCUUCUGGCAAGGGGGUGAAGCCCUUUAGACCCAGGGCUUUGUGGAUUCUGGUGCCCGCUCAGGGGAAGCUCCUUUUCCCUAGGACUCCAGGGCAGUGCGGGGUACCGCUGGGGAGAGCGUCUUGCUGUAAACAUGGGUUCCUCUGUGUAUCACCCCAUCCUCAAACACUGUUCACGGAAGCCAGAGGCCAAGGCUAUCCUUAUCCCGAACUCCCCCGUGUCCCUUCUCUGUUCAUGGGGCUUAGAUUGUGAAAGGACUCCUGGGCAGACUGGCCACAGCCUGGCUGAGCUCCUGAUGUUCCCGGUCUCUGUACCCAACAGCCACCAGCCUGCCCCUGGCAUGGAGACCUUCUUUAGGAGACAUUUCCGGCGGAAGGCACCAGGCCCUGGAGCAGGGCAGCGGCGGCCCAGCGGUGUGGGGCUGCUCACGGGCAAGGCCCGGCGUCGCUCCCCUGCAGGGCAGGCUUCUUCCUUGCUGGCCCAGCGGAGGCGCUCCAGUGUCCAGCCCCAGGGCUGCCUCCUGGGCUGCGGGGUGGGCACCCAGGGUACCAGCCGCCGUCGCUCCAGCACUGCGCCCCCUGCUCACAACCCUCGUUUCAUUGUGGAUGCCGUGCCCACCCCUCAGCCUACCACUGUUGGGGCUCAGCUUCUGGGUGCACCUCUGCUCUUGCCUGGGCUUGUGGGCAUGAAAGAGGAGGAGGAGGAGGGAGUCCAGGAGGAGGCUGGGACAGCCAGGGCAACAAGUGCCACCCAGCCAGGCACCAGGACACCUCCCAACAUCUCAGGCACCCGACUGCUGCCAACCUUGCCCCGCUGCCUGCGUCGAGCCUCCUCCCACCUGCUCCCUGCUGAUGUGGUGUAUGAUCACGCUCUCUGGGGCCUGCAUGGCCACUAUCGUCUCCUCAGCCAACAGCGGCCCUCUGGCCAGCACCCUGGCCCUGGGGGCCGAAGAGCCUCGGGCACCACGGUGGGCUCCAUGAUCCCCGCUCAUGUGCGCCCACUGACCCGCAGGCGCCAGGUGGCCCUGCGGCGCAAGUCGGCAGGACCCCAGGCCUGGAGCACCCUGCUUGUGAAAGCCAUCACCAAGUCGGGCCUCCAGCAUCUGGCACCCCCUCCUCCGACUCCUGGGGCCCUGUGUGGUGAGGCCGAGAGGCAAAUCCGGAGCACUGUGGACUGGAGUGAGUCAGCAACAUAUGGGGAACACAUCUGGUUUGAGACCAACGUGUCGGGGGACUUCUGCUAUGUUGGGGAGCAGUACUGCGUAGCCAGGAUGCUGCAGAAAUCUGUGUCCAGGAGAAAAUGUGCAGCCUGCAAGAUUGUGGUGCACACCCCCUGCAUCGAGCAGCUGGAGAAGAUAAAUUUCCGCUGUAAGCCAUCCUUCCGGGAAUCUGGCUCCAGGAAUGUCCGUGAGCCAACCUUCGUGCGGCACCACUGGGUGCACAGGCGGCGCCAGGAUGGCAAGUGUCGGCAUUGUGGGAAGGGCUUCCAGCAGAAGUUCACCUUCCAUAGCAAGGAGAUCGUGGCCAUCAGCUGCUCCUGGUGCAAGCAAGCGUACCACAGCAAGGUCUCCUGCUUCAUGCUGCAGCAGAUCGAGGAGCCCUGCUCCCUGGGGGUCCAUGCAGCUGUGGUCAUCCCACCUACCUGGAUCCUCCGUGCCCGGAGGCCCCAGAACACCCUCAAGGCCAGCAAGAAGAAAAAGAGAGCAUCCUUUAAGAGGAAAUCCAGCAAGAAAGGGCCCGAGGAGGGCCGCUGGAGACCCUUCAUCAUCAGGCCUACCCCUUCCCCUCUCAUGAAGCCCCUGCUGGUGUUUGUGAACCCCAAGAGUGGGGGCAACCAGGGCGCUAAGAUCAUCCAGUCCUUCCUCUGGUAUCUCAAUCCUCGACAAGUCUUUGACCUGAGCCAGGGAGGGCCCAAGGAGGCUCUGGAAAUGUACCGCAAAGUGCACAACCUGCGGAUCCUGGCGUGCGGGGGUGAUGGCACGGUUGGCUGGAUUCUCUCCACCCUGGACCAGCUGCGCUUAAAACCUCCGCCCCCUGUUGCCAUCCUGCCUCUGGGUACUGGCAAUGACUUGGCCCGCACCCUCAACUGGGGCGGGGGUUACACAGAUGAGCCCGUGUCAAAGAUCCUCUCCCACGUAGAGGAGGGGAACGUGGUGCAGCUGGACCGCUGGGACCUUCGUGCGGAGCCCAACCCUGAGGCAGGGCCUGAGGAUCGAGAUGAAGGUGCCACAGACCGGCUGCCCCUGGAUGUCUUCAACAACUACUUCAGCCUGGGCUUUGAUGCCCACGUCACCCUGGAAUUUCAUGAGUCUCGAGAGGCUAAUCCGGAAAAAUUCAACAGUCGCUUUCGGAACAAGAUGUUCUAUGCCGGGACAGCCUUCUCUGACUUCCUGAUGGGCAGCUCCAAGGACUUGGCCAAGCACAUUCGAGUGGUGUGUGAUGGAAUGGACCUGACCCCCAAGAUUCAGGACCUGAAGCCCCAGUGCAUUGUUUUCCUGAACAUCCCCAGGUACUGUGCCGGCACCAUGCCCUGGGGCCACCCUGGGGAGCACCAUGACUUCGAGCCCCAGCGGCAUGACGAUGGCUACCUCGAGGUCAUCGGCUUCACCAUGACAUCGCUGGCAGCACUGCAGGUGGGUGGGCAUGGGGAGCGACUGACGCAGUGCCGAGAGGUGCUUCUCACCACGGCCAAGGCCAUCCCGGUGCAGGUGGAUGGCGAGCCCUGCAAGCUCGCAGCCUCACGCAUUCGCAUCGCCCUGCGCAACCAGGCCACCAUGGUGCAGAAAGCCAAGCGGCGGAGUGCUACCCCCCUGCACAGCGACCAGCAGCCAGUACCAGAGCAGCUGCGGAUCCAGGUGAGCAGGGUCAGCAUGCACGACUACGAGGCCCUGCACUAUGACAAGGAGCAGCUCAAGGAGGCCUCUGUGCCACUGGGCACCGUGGUGGUCCCCGGAGACAGUGACCUAGAGCUCUGCCGCGCUCACAUCGAGAGGCUCCAGCAGGAGCCCGAUGGUGCUGGAGCCAAGUCCCCAACGUGCCAGAAACUGUCCCCCAAGUGGUGUUUCCUGGAUGCCACCACUGCCAGCCGCUUCUACAGGAUCGAUCGGGCCCAGGAGCACCUCAACUAUGUGACUGAGAUCGCACAGGACGAGAUUUAUAUCCUGGACCCUGAGUUGCUGGGAGCAUCGGCCCGGCCUGACCUCCCAACCCCUACCUCCCCUCUCCCCAACUCCCCCUGCUCCCCCACGCCCCGGUGAGUCCCAGGGCCCUAUCUCCUCCAUUUCCCCAGCUUUGAACCCAUCUGCUGGCUGGCAGCUUCCAAAUUCCUGCCUUCAGCCCAGCUCCUCUGAGAGCAAGCAGCAGUGCGUACAUCCAGCUAGCUGCCUUCCCCAGCCCUCCACCUGGUGACAAAAUGGCAUCAACCUGAACUUGGCCAGAGCCCAACUUAAAGCCCUCAGCCCCACAGUUAUGGCCUCCCACAGGGAGCAGCCUCAUCUCUCCCUGCUGCUGGGCUCCCUCCUUGCCUUCUCAGCCCCACCCCAUACCUGGCCUUCAGCAGGUCCCAUCUGCUCCCCACCUCAGUGCCCUGACCUCCAGCUGUGCACUCCAUGGCCUCUGGUGGCCCAGUCUCUGCACUGGCUAUGCGUGCAGGUUACUGCAGGCACUCCUCAGCAGCCCCCCGUCGUGGACCCUCCUGGCACUUGUUUCCUGGAUGCCUUGACCCCAGCAGCCUCCCCUGUCCUCACCACACUCCAGCCACACUUGCUUCUUGCAGCAGGAGGCUGGCCCAUCUUUGGACUUACGUCUUCGCUGCCACACACUUGUUUUCUCCCAGAGCAGCUCCCCAAUUCCAGUCACAGCUUGGCUCAUGCCCCUCAGAGAGGCCUUUCCCAGGAAUGUCAUCUAAAGACAGCACUGACCCUAAGGUGCUGCUGUCCCCCUGGCCACUCAGUCACAUGACCCUGUCUGUGUAGAUAGCACUUCAGAUUUCCUUAUUUAUUGCUCGACUCAUGUGUGUCCUUGCACUAGAAUGUGAGCUCCAUGAGGGCAAGUCCUCCAUCUGUCUUGGCUCCCUGCUGUAUCCCCCGUGCCUAGCAUAGCGCAUGAUACGCGGCAGGCACUCAAUAAACUGUUGAA